AACCAAGAUCUAGAGAGAAGCCCACAAGGGCAUCAUGUUAUUAGAAUCACCAAGACUGGUUGCGAAGAAGGUUUUAGCCAAGUCCCUCCUGGAAUCCAAUGGAGCUCUUCUCAGAGGCUUUGGAAGAGAGUUGGACUGUCUGGAUCCAUUCGUGAUGUUGAUUCACUUCUCAGUGACUCCACCUGGAGGGUUUCCUGAUCAUCCCCACAGAGGUUUCGAGACCGUCACCUACAUGCUGCAGGGAGCCAUAAACUAUCAAGAUUUUGGUGGGCACAAGGGUACUUUAAGAACCGGGGACCUUCAGUGGGUGAGGGCAGGAAGAGGAAUAGUUCACUCCGAAAUGCCGGCAGAAGAAGGAACACACACAGGACUUCAGCUCUGGAUCAAUUUAUCUUCCAAACAUAAAAUGAUUGAACCUCGGUGCCGAGAGGUUGUGAGCAAGGAGAUACCGAGCGUGGAGAGAGAUGGAGCAGAAAUUAGGGUUUUGGCGGGAGAAGCAUUAGGGGUUAAAGCUCCAGUGUGGAGCAAGACUCCGAUCAUGAUGCUGGACGUGACUGUGAAGCCCGCUUCACAGGUGCAUUUGAGGACCCCGGAAUCAUGGUGGAACUACUUCGUGUACGUGAUCGAAGGAGAGGCUGUGGUGGGGUGUGAGACGUCAGAGGCCAUCGCGGCGGAGGAGGUGGCGGUGCUGGGCGGAGGAGAUGGGGUGAGGGUGUGGAACAAGUCGGGGGAGAAGAGGAUGAGGUUGGUGGUGGUAGGUGGAGAGGCGGUGAAGGAGAAAGUGGCGCAGAGGGGACCAUUUGUGAUGAGCACAGAGUCAGAGAUAGAGGAAGCCAUGGAAGAUUUUCGUCUGUUUAGGAAUGGCUUCGAGAUGGCCAAGUCUUGGAAAUCUAAUCCCUAGUUCAUUUCCUCAUAUCAACUUCCUUUCUUUUUCCUUUUGGUUCUGUUCAUUAGUACUGCACAAUGCAGGCUAGCUAGAUUCUCAUCGUGACAUCAAUAUUAUCUGAUGAAUAUAUUU